AUGCUCCGGCUCUGCUACAGGGUCCUCCGACACUCACAGGAGGACUACCGGAAGAACCAGGAGCACAUCGCCAAGCAGUUCGGUGUGAUGCAGAGUCAGAUCGGUUACGACAUCCUGGCUGAGGACACCAUCACCCGCGCUGCUGCACAACAACCGCAAGCUGCUGGAGAAACACAUCACCAAGACCGAGGUGGAGACCUUCGUCAGCCUGGUUUCUGGACUACCUGUCAGACCUGUGUGUGUCCAACAACGUGGCCAUCCCCCGUCACUCAGGAGCUCAUCUGUAAGUGUGUGCUGGACCCCAAGAACCAGGACAUCCUCAUCAAGACAGAGCGUCGAGUCCCGAAGGAGCUGCAUCCUGGUGGUCCGGAGGGGGAGUACAUCGGGAUGGACGACUAUGGAGACGAUGAUGAGGUGUGGCUGGUGUGGACGGACAAGACCAAUGAGAGACAGGAGAAGGGCAUCCGACAGCUUGCUCAGGAGGCGAGGCAGGGAAACGCUCAUGACGAGAACGUCCUCACCUACUACAGGUACCAGCUGAAGCUCUUUGCCCGGAUGUGUUUGGACCGUCAGUACCUGGCCAUCGAUGAGAUCUCCAAGCAGCUGGACGUGGAGCUCAUCUUCCUGUGCAUGAUGGACGAGACGCUGCCCUUCGACCUGCGAGCCUCCUUCUGUCGCCUCAUGCUCCACGCCCACGUGGACCGGGACCCCCAGGAGCUGGUGACCCCGGUGAAGUUCGCCCGCCUCUGGACCGAGAUCCCCACGUCCAUCACCAUCAAAGAUUAUGACUCCAACAUGGACGACAGCCGGUACAACAAGAAGAACCGUUUCUCCAACACCAUGGCCUUCAUGGAGGAAUAUCUCAACAACGUUCUCAACGACGAGUUCCCGUUCCACAACGAGGAGAAAAACAAACUCACAUACGAGGUGGUGAGUCUGGCCAGACAUCUGAUCUACUUUGGAUUCUACAGUUUCUUUGAGCUGCUCAGACUCACCAGAACUCUGCUGGGCAUCAUCGACUGUCGACCCAACCCCGGCCACGCUGCGCUGAUGUUCCAUGAUGACGGAUCAGGGAAGAACGUGAAGCGCUCCAUACACGGGAUGGGACAGAUAAUGUCCACCAUGGUCCUCAACAGGAAGCAGUCCAUAUUUGGAGGUCCGGGCGCCAGAGGGGCAGGGCUGGGGGCGGGGCUAGGACUUGAUGGACAGAGAGCUGGUAAAGACAGUAUUGACAGGAUGGACCUGACGGUGAUGGACACGAAGCUGAAGAUACUGGAGAUAUUACAGUUCAUCCUGAACGUUCGACUGGACUACCGCCUCUCCUUCCUGCUGUCCGUCUUCAAGAAGGAGUUUGUGGAAGUUUACCCGAUGGCUGAUGCUGACGCCACCACUAACAUGGAGCAAGCAGACGUCCCAGCCAACACGGAGACAACAGACAUCCCAGUCAACGUGGAAACAGCAGCCGCCAUCAACCUGCUGCACAUUGGGGAGCAGGCGGAGGCCAUGUUUGGAGUCGGGAAAGGGAACAGCAUCCUGGAGGUGGACGAUGAAGGCGGCCGCAUGUUCUUGCGAGUGCUGAUCCACCUCACCAUGCACGAGUACCCUCCUCUGGUGUCUGGAGCCCUGCAGCUGCUCUUCAGACACUUCAGCCAGAGACAGGAGGUCCUGCACACAUUCAAACAGGUCCAGUUGCUGAUCACGUCUUCGGAUGUAGAGAACUACAAACUGAUCAAGGCGGAUCUGGAUCGCCUCCGGACGCUGGUGGAGAAAUCUGAACUGUGGGUGGAGAAGAAAAGCUCGGGAGGAGGUGAAGGGAAGAAGGAGAAAAAAGACAAGAAGGAGAAAGGAGAGGGGCCGUCAGAGGAAGCACCGCCCAAGAAGGACAAACAGGAGAAGGGCAACGAGAACUACAGCAAAGUCAAAGAGAUCCUGGAAAGGUUGAGCAAGAUGUGCAUCAGUGGAGUUUGGAAGAAGCAGCAGAGGUUGUUGAAGAACAUGGGAGCUCAUAAAGUCAUGUUGGACCUGCUGCAGGUGUCAUAUGACCAGAGCGACAUGAAGAUGCAGGAGAUCAUCAGGUACACUCACCUGUUCCUGCAGAAGUUCUGUACGGGGAACCCGGAGAACCAGGUGUUGCUGCACAAGAACCUCAACCUGUUCCUCAACCCUGGGUCUCCUCCUGCUGUGCAGCUGCUGGAGGCCGAGACCGUGCAGCACAUCUUCAGCAACAACUACCAGCUGUGCAGCGAGAUCUCCGAGAGCGUCCUGCAGCACUUCAUCCACUGCCUGGCCACGCACGGCCGCCACGUCCAGUACCUCAACUUCCUGCACACCAUCAUCAAGGCCGAGGGCAAGUACGUGAAGAAGUGUCAGGACAUGAUCAUGACCGAGUUGACGAACUCCGGCGAGGACGUCGUGGUCUUCUACAACGACAAGGCCUCAUUCAACGUGAUGCUGGACCUGAUGGCGGAGAGCAGGGAGGGGGUGGGCGAGAGCAGCCCACUCAGGUAUCACAUUUCUCUGGUGGAGCUGCUGGCAGCCUGCGCCGAGGGGAAGAACGUCUACACCGAGAUCAAGUGCACGUCACUGCUCCCCCUGGAGGACGUGGUGCGCGUGGUGACGCACGAGGACUGCAUCACCGAGGUGAAAAUCGCCUACGUGAACUUUGUGAACCACUGCUACGUGGACACCGAGGUGGAGAUGAAGGAGAUCUACACGUCCAACCACAUCUGGAAGCUGUUUGAAGACUUCACCGUGGACAUGGCUCGGGUUUGUAAUAAGAGAGAGAAGCGUCUCUCUGAUCCCAUCCUGGAGAAAUACAUCAUCCACGUGGUGUUUGACACCAUCAACGCCUUCUUCAGCUCGCCCUUCUCUGAGAACAGCACCUCUCUGCAGACUCACCACACCAUCGUCACUCACCUGCUGCAGUCGUCCGUCCGGCUGCUGGACUGUCCCUGGCUGCAGGUGCAGCACCGAGGUCAGGUGGAGACCUGCAUCAAGACGCUCGCCAUGACAGCUAAGACUCGUUCCAUCGCUAUCCCUCUGGACCUGGAGUCUCAGAUCAGCUCCAUGUUGUCCAGUUCUGCUCUCAACUCUCUGUCCCGCUCGAACCCGAACUACAAGUCCUCCUCCCGGUCCAUCAGACCCAUCGCACCCAGCAACCCCUGGGACUACAAGAACAUCAUCGAGAAGCUGCAGGACAUCAUCAACACUCUGGAGGAGCGUCUGAAGCCGCUGGUCAACGCCGAACUGUCCGUGUUGGUGGACGUCCUCCAUCAGCCGGAGCUGCUGUUCCUGGAGGGAACCGACGCCCGGCAGCGCUGCGAGUCCGGAGGAUUCAUCUCCAAGCUAAUCCAACACACCAAAGCUCUGAUGUCUGCAGAAGAGAAGUUGUGUAUCAAAGUGUUGAGGACGCUGCAGGAGAUGUUGAUCAGGACUCUGGACUUUGAUGAAAAGGGAAUCUCGCUGCGUAAAGUUUUACUGCAGAAUUAUCUGUUUCCGAACAAGAAGAACAACCUGAAGACCGACCUGGCGGAGCUCACAGCCGCAGGCGGGGAGCAGGAGCGGGACUGGGCGGCGGUGGCGGCGGUUCAGUGUCGUCUGGACCGAGAAGGAGGAACCAAGCUGUUCACAGAUCUGGUGAUGAGCACCAAGAACGACAAGAUCUUCCAGGAGAGCAUCCAGCUCGCCAUCUGUCUGCUGGAGGGAGGAAACACCGAGAUACAGAACUCGUUUUAUAAACUGAUGAUGGGCGACAACAAAUCAGAGAAGUUCUUCAAGGUUCUUCACGACCGGAUGAAAGAAGCUCGGACGGACAUCAAAGCCACGGUCUCUGUUAACGUGGGAGAGAUGACGUACAAAGCCAACGAGAAGGAGCUGGAGCAAGGCGGCUCAGGAGCUUUAGCACUUCCUGGUGCGGGGGGGCACCAGCUGAUGGGUCAGCCCGGUUCCUCGGCUCUGCAGGCGCCGGCGGUGGAGGAGCAGAGGGAGGUGGAGACGGAGAUGGGACCAGCUGUUAUCAUCAUGAAGCCGAUUCUCAGGUUCCUCCAGCUGCUCUGCGAGAACCACAACCACGACCUGCAGAACUUUCUGCGAUGCCAGAACAAUAAGACCAACUACAACCUGGUGUGUGAGACGCUUCAGUUCCUGGACAUCAUGUGUGGAAGCACCACAGGGGGUCUGGGCCUGCUGGGCCUCUACAUCAACGAGUCCAACGUCCACCUCAUCACCCAGACGCUGGAGACACUCACUGAGUACUGCCAGGGCCCGUGCCAGGAGAACCAGACGUGUAUAGUGACCCACGAUUCCAACGGCAUCGACAUCAUCACGGCUCUGAUCCUGAACGACAUCAGCCCGUUGUGUCGAUACCAGAUGGAGAUGGUGCUGCAGCUGAAGGACAACGCCUCCAAGCUGCUGCUGGCUCUGAUGGAGAGUCGCCAUGACAGUGAGAACGCCGAGAGGAUCCUGUUCAACCUGCGACCACGAGAGCUGGUGGAGGUGAUAAAGAAGGCCUAUAACCAGGAUCAGGACAGUGAUUGUGAGGGGGGGGAGGUUUCUCCUCGGGAGGUUGGACACAACAUCUACAUCCUGGCUCAACAGUUGGCCAGACACAACAAAGUUCUGCAGAACCUCCUGAAACCACUGAAGAAGAGUAAAGAGGGAGAGGAGGGAAUCUCCUCCAUGCUGAACCUGAACAACCGGCCUCUGUCCCAGAUGUUGAAGUCCACAGCUCCAGCUGCUGUGGUGGAUCAGGAUCCUCUGGAGUACUACGAGCUGCUGACCUCUCAGAUAGAGAUUGUGCGUGACGACCGCAGCAUGGAGCAGAUUGUGUUCCCCGUCCAUCCCAUCUGUGAGUUCCUGACCGAUGAGUCGAAGUUCAGGGUCUUCAACACCACGGAGCAGGACGAGCAGGGGUCAAAGGUCACACACUUCUUUGAGCAGUCGUCCUUCCUGCACGGAGAGAUGGAGUGGCAGAAGAAGCUGAGGAGCAUGCCGGUGUUGUUCUGGUUCUCUCGGAGGAUGACUCUCUGGGGAUCCAUCUCUUUUAAUCUCGCCGUCUUCAUCAAUCUCAUCAUCGCCUUCUUCUACCCCUACAACUCAGGACAAGCCGGAGCCAUCGACGACUCCCUGCUGCUGAUGCUGUUCUGGAUCCUGACUGGUUUGUCUGUACUGGGUCUGUUCUCCCAGCGCUACGGCCUCCAGCCUCUGACCCUGGCUCUGAUCCUCAGAUCCAUUUACCACUUCGGCAUCGGGCCCACGCUCAUCCUGCUCGGCGCACUCAACCUCAUCAACAAGAUUGUGUUUGUUGUGAGUUUCGUGGGAAACAACGGGACGUUUAUUAUGGGAUACAAAGCCAUGGUGAUGGACGUGGAGUUCAACUACCACCUGGCGUACGUCCUGACCUCCACGCUGGGACUGUUCGUCCACGAGCUCUUCUACAGCAUCCUGCUGUUUGACCUCAUCUACCGGGAGGAGACGCUGUUCAACGUGAUAAAGAGUGUGACUCGUAACGGUCGCUCCAUCCUGCUGACGGCGCUGCUCGCUCUCAUCCUCGUCUACCUCUUCUCCAUCGUGGGCUUCCUCUGCCUGAAGGAGGAUUUCAUCAUGGAGGUCGACCUGCUGCCUCAGCUCGCUACAGCUCCUCAGCCGAGCGAAGCCUCUCAGGAUUUCCUCGACUCGUGUUCUUCAGACGGCGUCAGCUGCACGUCGGAGACCAGCGGCGCCGCCGAGCAGGAAGAGGUGUCCAACACGGAGCGAGCAUGUGACACGCUGCUGAUGUGCAUCGUCACGGUGCUGAACCACGGGCUGAGGAACGGAGGAGGAGUCGGAGACGUUCUCAGGAAACCAUCGAAGAACGAGCCGUUGUUCCCCGCCCGGGUUGUGUACGACCUGUUGUUCUACUUCAUCGUCAUCAUCAUCGUCCUCAACUUGAUCUUCGGCGUCAUCAUCGACACGUUCGCCGACCUGAGGAGCGAGAAGCAGAAGAAGGAGGAGAUCCUGAAGACCACGUGUUUCAUCUGUGGUCUGGAGAGAGACAAGUUUGACAACAAGACGGUGUCCUUUGAAGAGCACAUCAAGAUGGAGCACAACAUCUGGAACUACCUGUACUUCAUCGUCCUGGUGCGAGAGAAGAACAAGACGGACUACACCGGGCCGGAGAGCUACGUCGCACACAUGAUCAAGAACAACAACCUGGACUGGUUCCCACGGAUGCAGGCGAUGUCCCUGGUGGUGACGGACGGGGACGGGGAGCAGAACGAGAUGAGGAUGCUACAGGACAAACUGGCCACGACCAUGAAGGUGGUGAUGACCCUGACCACGCAGCUGAUGGAGCUGAAGGAGCAGAUGACGGAGCAGAGGAAGAGGAGGCAGCGGAUGGGAUUCGUUGACGUGCAGUCGGGAGCCGGCGCUGCACUGCCCCCUAGUGCCGGAGGAGGAAACCACCAGAUGUACAAAUCAUAGGGACAGACUCCUGUUAUGGAACAUGACGGAGUUUCACUGUAAGAUGCACGACUGCAAAGAAAAGAAAACACUAGAACACGGAUACAACAUGUGCAGCGGAUGUUUGUCUCUAAAGACACAACGAGAGAUUUGUUUGUUUUCACUUUUUUCAAUAUCCAGAGAGAGAAACACGGAUCACAGCAGAAUGAUAAUAAAUAAACUAUGUUAUCGUUAGCAUCCUGGAUAAAUGACGGUAGGUUCCACAUCAUGUAUUUAACUCCACAGAUGUCUGUGUGUGUCUGUGGAGAACUGAUCAUGUUAUUGACUUCACACUUGACACGUGUCAAUCACCAGAGGAAGUGUUUGAAGCUGUAAUUGGGGGCGGGGCCACGAUUAAAACCUCCUCCCCCUUCAGAAAUUCAAGAUUCCAGAUUCCUUUAUCAGCUUUUUCCGUUUCACAGUAAAAAGGCAUCGACUCACUUUAGUUAAUUUAAGGAAAUGUUGUUGGAAACAGAAAACGUUUGAAUGUAAAGUGAACCCAUGUUUUUGUUUGUUUUGUUUUUUAAAUGUAGUUUCAAAGUGAACUAUUUUAAUAUGAAUAUUAUGGUUUGACUGUGAUGUAUUUAUGGAGCAGAUCCUGUUUUCUAACACUGUAACUAGCUCAGUACAGACACUGGACUAAACGUGAGCUGCUUUCUGGGAAGUCAAGAGAACGACUUACAGAGAAACAGGGAGGAGGAGGAGGAG